UGCUUUCGGUUAGGUUACUACGGUUUCCGGUCACUACAACCCAACCAACCAACCAACAGGAACAUCCUAUCCUACGACUAUAUUUGAAGCCCCGCCAUUGAUCGGAAGAAGCAGCACGCGGCAGCAUGGCCAUGGCGGCUAUGAUUGCAUCAGCUCCAUCUCCGAAUCCGAUGAGAAGUCUGCAGCUGAAUAAUAAUAGUAAUAAUAAUGCCUGCAAGUACUUGUCAUUCUCGCUGCAGCUGCCUCUGCUGUGCUUUGCCAAUCAUAAUAAUAGUAAUAAGGCGGCUACUAGUGCAGCAGGAGGAGCAUGGAGACAGUCCAUGUUCCUGAAUGCGAAACCCCUCAUUAAAGAUGGAGCCCUGAGAUUCAACGGCAAGAACGCUGUACUGAUGGGAGUACCAGACAAUGUCCUUCUUACGCCAUGCACCGAUUCUUCCGCUUUUGUUGGUGCUACUAAUUCCCCUCAUUCCAGCUCCCGCCUCGUUUUCAAGCUCGGCACCCUUACGCAGGAUACCAGAUUCCUGUGUUUGUUUAGAUUCAAGAUUUUUUGGAUGAUUCCUCGAGUGGGAAAUAAAGGGAGUGACAUUCCUGUGGAAACCCAGAUGUUAUUGCUGGAAGCAAGGGAGCCCAGAGGAUCUGUGUCCUAUGUCCUAUUCUUGCCCGUCUUAGAUGGUCAAUUCAGAAGCAGCCUGCAGGGGAACUCCGCUAAUGAACUUGAAAUUUGUGUUGAAAGUGGUGAUCCCGCUGUAGUUGCAUCAGAGUCUCUAAAAGCAGUUUUUGUGAAUAAUGGAAACAACCCAUUUGAUCUGAUGACGGAAUCUAUGAAGAUUUUGGAGAAGUACAGUGGGACCUUUGCAGUCCGAGAGAGCAAACAGACGCCUGGAAUACUAGAUUGCUUUGGUUGGUGCACUUGGGAUGCUUUCUAUACGGACGUUAAUCCUUCAGGAAUCAGAGAUGGCCUCAAAAGCUUAUCGGAUGGAGGCACUCCAGCAAGAUUUUUGAUAAUCGACGAUGGAUGGCAAGAUACAAGUAAUGAGUUCCAAAAGGAAGGGGAGCCUAAAGUGGAAGGAUCACAGUUUGGUGGCAGAUUAGUCAGCAUAGAAGAAAACAAGAAGUUCCGGGAAACAGCGAAUGGGCUCAAGGAUUUUGUUUCUGAUAUAAAAAGGACAUUUGGGCUCAAGUAUGUGUACGUGUGGCACGCAUUAAUGGGAUAUUGGGGUGGGCUUCACCCGGAGGCUCCGUCCACCAAGAAGUACAAUCCAGAGUUGAAGUACCCAGUGCAGUCGCCGGGGAAUCUGGCAAAUAUGAGAGAUCUAUCUAUGGAUUGCAUGGAGAAAUACGGCGUUGGUGCAAUUGAUCCAACCAAAGCAGAAGAAUUUUAUGACGAUCUCCACAAGUAUCUGGUGUCACAGGAGGUGGACGGGGUGAAGGUUGACGUGCAGAAUCUACUGGAAACCAUAGCAGCAGGCACCGGAGGCCGAGUGUUCUUAACCACACACUUCCAACAGGCACUUGAAAAGUCCAUAGCCACUAACUUCAAAGACAAUAGCAUCAUCUGCUGCAUGGGUCAUAACACCGAUUCGGUCUACAGCUCUAAAAGAAGUGCGAUUACGCGGGCAUCGGAUGACUACUACCCAAGAAAUCCAGAAACUCAGACAUUGCAUAUAGCUGCUGUGGCUUAUAACAGCAUAUUUUUUGGUGAAGUCAUGGUUCCCGAUUGGGACAUGUUUUAUGUAUGUUUUGACGACAAGAGCCGCCAUAAUGCAGCUGAGUUUCAUGCGGUUGCUCGAGCAGUUGGAGGAUGCCCCGUCUACGUCAGCGACAAACCUGGCCAACACGAUUUCAAGAUACUCAGGAGGCUUGUACUUCCCGAUGGUUCAGUGCUCAGAGCUAAGUCUCCUGGGAGGCCAACGCGAGAUUGUUUAUUCAUUGAUCCUGUUAUGGAUGGAAAGAGUCUCCUGAAGAUUUGGAACCUGAAUAAAUUAAGUGGGGUUAUUGGAGUCUUCAAUUGCCAAGGAGCCGGGAGCUGGCCGUGCAUGGACGUGAUUAAUGGGGGCGGAAGCGUCGAUGAGUUAACGGGGAAGGUUUCCCCGGCUGAUAUAGAGUAUUUUGAACAAGAGGUGGUGGGCGGGGAGGAGUCAUGGACAGGUCAUUGUGCAGUCUUCUCCUUCAGUGCAGGCUCCCUGACUCGAUUACCAAAGCAACAACGGUUUGGGGUCACUCUGAAAAGCUUGCAGUGCGAUGUAUUCACAGUGUCUCCAAUUAAGAUUUACACUCCGAAGAUUCAAUUUGCACCCAUUGGAUUGAUAGACAUGUACAAUUCUGGAGGAGCCGUAGAGGCAGUGGAAUUCUAUAGGGAUGGUUUGAAUUGCAGAAUCAGUGUGAAGGGCAAUGGGGCUGGCCGUUUUGGAGCAUAUUCCAGUCAGAAACCAAGCCUCUGCUAUCUCAACUCAAAGCAGCAGCAGGGAUUCAACUUCUCCGUUGAACAAAAUCUCUUUACUACAACAAUUCCAGAUGAUGUCAACUCUUGGGAUAUUACAAUUGCUUACUGAUGGUGCCUUCUUCAUAAUGUCUUUCGGCAAUUAACAUGCCCUUUCAAUUAUUUGUGCAAAAAUAAGAAUUAUACAAGGAUAUUAUGUAUUACCGGUCGUGACGAAAGAAUUUUAGAUGCGUGGUCUUGGAAAUUUUUGCAUUUCCAAAAGAAAUAUGGCUAAAUAAUUUCAUACACUACUCCUAAAAUUUGGUUAAA